AAAAGCCAAAAAAUGAACCAAACAUACAACAGCCGGUGUUCGCCAGUGGUCACCCACCUGACUACUAAUCAGCCUCUCAUCGUCUUGACUCUGGGAGAGCGGACGGGAUCCCGUAUUUUGCGAUGGAUAUGGUCGUAUGUGACAGUAUUUGGAGGCAAAUCUGCCUAU